AUGUCCAGCCCUGCACCCCACAACCGGCUUCCCAGUCGUGAUGCCGAUAACGGCAUCGUCGCCCACACUGCUCACUCACACUCCCCGCACCUUCACCUCCCACAUGCUCCCUCAAGGCAGGUCGAAAUCGAUGCCCGCGAUGUACAAGACCAACUCGAUAUCGAGGAUAUGGACCACAAGUCUGGCUGUUCUACGCCAGCUGACGGAAGCGACGGCGGCUCCAUAGAGAGGAGGAUAAUUUCCUUCGAGAAGAACGACCCAGAAGAUCCGACGCAGUGGCCUUGGAGAAAGAAAGCCCUCCCCCUCAUCUCCAUGAUUGCGUGCGUCAUGAACAGCACCAUAUCAUCGUCCCUCGCUGCCGGAGCCUCGAAGCAGAUUUCCAGUCACUUCCACGUUACCAACCAAGCGCAGCUCGUCCUGCCGACGUCCAUUUUCCUGGUCGGCUACGUGGUCGGGCCGCUCAUCUUCGGUCCAAUGUCAGAGUGGUACGGCCGCAAGCACAUCAUGAUAGUUGCCUUUGCCAUGUUCACCAUCUUCUCGAUGGCCUGCGCGCUGGCGGAUACCUUUGCCGCACUGGUGGUGUUCAGGCUGCUGGUGGGCAUCCCGGGGAGUUGUGCGAUCAGCGUCACUGGAGGCAUCAUCGCCGACAUCUACAACGAGCCCACUUCCCGCGGGCGAGCCAUGGCCCUGUUCAUGGCCACGACGACCUUCGGCCCGCUGAUCGGCCCCGUCGCCUCGGGCUUCAUCUCGGUCAUCAGCUGGCGCUGGGCCUUCUGGCUCGGCCUGAUCAUCGCCGGCGUGGCGUGGGUGCCGCUGCUCGCGACGCCCGAGACGUACGCGCCCGUCAUCCUCAAGCAGCGCGCCAAGCGGCUGCGCAAGGAGACGGGCGACGCCAACAUCUUCGCGCCCAUCGAGCUGGAGCCGCGCGACCUGCGGCACGUGGCGACGGUGGUGCUGACGAGGCCGAUCCGCAUGAUGCUGUUCGAGUGGAUCGUGCUGUUUUCGUGCUUGUACCUGGCGUUCGUCUACGCUGUGUUUUACAUGUUCUUCCAGGCGUAUCCGCUCAUGUAUGGAGGCACAUACGGCUUCAACGCCGGCGAAGUCGGACUGGCUUUCCUUCCGAUCGGUCUGGGCGCCCUCAUCGCCGCCUCCAUGUAUCUCUGGUACGACGCAUUCCUGGCGCGGGCCCGCGCGCGCAAGGCGGCGUGGACGCGCAGCGAGGAGGCGCGGCGGCUGCCGUUGGCGUGCGUGGCCGGGCCGUUCAUCGUCGUCUCGUUCUUCUGGGUGGGCUGGACGGCACGCCCGGAGGUGCACUGGGCGGUGCCCGUGUUUGCGGGUGUGCCGUUCGGCGUGGGGUACUUGCUGUGCUUCAUGGCAAUUUUGAAUUAUUUGGUUGAUGCCUACGAGAUCUUCGCCGCCUCAGCCAUGGCAGCGGCUGGCACGUCGAGGAGCAUCUUCGGGGCGGUGCUGCCGUUCGCAGCACGGCCCAUGUACGAGCGGCUGGGCAUCGACUGGGCGUGCAGCCUCCUGGGCUUCGUCAUGCUGGGCCUGUGUGCCAUUCCGUUCGUGUUCUGGCGAUUCGGCGACGAGAUCAGGGCGAACAGCGCGUUCUGCAAUGAGUUGAAGCAAAGAAGGAAGCAGCAGGAGCAGGAGGAUGGAUUAGAUGAAGAGCUGCCGGAGGCUGGGCGUGAGGAUGAGGAGAAGCGGGUGGGUUCGUAG